CGCGCCCGGGGAGGAGUCGCCGGCGCCUGGGCACCAUGAACGGCAGCAGCGCCAACAUCACCUACGCCAGUCGCAAGCGGCGGAAGCCCGUGCAGAAAACCAUCAAGCCCAUCCCAGCUGAAGGAAUCAAGUCAAAUCCUUCCAAGCGACACAGAGACCGACUCAAUACAGAGCUGGACCGCUUGGCGAACCUGCUGCCUUUCCCACAAGAUGUUAUUAAUAAGCUGGACAAACUCUCCGUCCUGAGGCUCAGCGUCAGUUACCUGAGAGCCAAGAGCUUCUUUGAUGUUGCAUUAAAAUCCCCCCCAGCUGACAGAAGUGGAGUCCAGGAUAACGGCAGAACAAAAUUUGGGGAAGGCCUGAACUUUGAUGAAGGAGAGUUCUUAUUACAGGCUCUGAAUGGCUUUGUGUUGGUUGUCACUACAGAUGCUCUGGUCUUUUAUGUUUCUUCUACUAUACAAGACUACCUAGGGUUUCAGCAGUCUGAUGUCAUACAUCAAAGUGUGUAUGAACUUAUCCAUACCGAAGACCGAGCUGAAUUUCAGCGUCAGUUGCACUGGGCAUUAAAACCUUCACAGUGUACAGACUCUGGACAAAGAAUCGAUGAAGCUAAUGGCCUCGCCCAGCCCGUGGUCUACUAUAACCCGGACCAGCUGCCUCCGGAAAGCUCCGCGUUCAUGGAGAGGUGCUUCAUAUGUCGACUGCGGUGUCUGCUGGACAACUCCUCCGGCUUUCUGGCAAUGAAUUUCCAAGGGAAGUUGAAGUAUCUUCACGGCCAGAACAAGAAAGGGAAGGAUGGAUCGGUGCUCCCCCCUCAGUUAGCUCUGUUUGCCAUAGCUACUCCACUGCAGCCGCCAUCCAUACUGGAAAUCCGAACCAAAAAUUUCAUCUUUAGAACAAAACACAAACUAGACUUUACACCUACUGGUUGUGAUGCCAAAGGAAAACUCGUCCUGGGCUAUACGGAAGCAGAGCUGUGCACGCGAGGGUCAGGGUACCAGUUUAUUCACGCGGCCGAUAUGCUGUACUGCGCCGAGUACCACAUCCGGAUGAUUAAGACUGGAGAGAGUGGCAUGGUGGUGUUCAGGCUUCUUACCAAAGACAAUCGGUGGACCUGGGUCCAGUCCAAUGCACGCUUGGUUUACAAAAAUGGAAGACCGGAUUACAUCAUCGCCACUCAGAGGCCUCUGACAGAUGAAGAAGGAACAGAGCAUCUAAAAAAACGAAACUUGAAGUUGCCUUUUAUGUUUGCCACUGGAGAAGCUGUGUUGUACGAGAUAACCAACCUCUUUUCUUCCAUAAUGGAUCCUUUACCAGCAAGGACUAAAAAUGAUGCUAGUGGAAGAGAUUCUGCUACCCAGUCAACUCUAAGUAAGGAUUCUCCCCAUCCCAGUUCUCUCUUUAAUGCCAUCAUGCAACAAGACGAGUCUGUUUAUCUCUGUCCUGCUUCAAAUAGCACACCUUUUGAAAGAAAAAUUUUUAAUGAAUCUGGGGACAACAGCAAUAAUUGGCAAGACUCUAUUGCACCGAUAGGAAGUGAUAUCCUGAAACAUGAGCAAAUCGGUCAGCCUCAGGAAAUGAACCCGACGCUCUCUGAAGGCCACGUAGGGCUCCUCCCAGAGAGCAAAAACAGUGACUUGUACAGCAUUAUGAAACACCUAGGCGUGGAUUUUGAAGAUAUUACACACAUGCAGCAGAACGAGGAAUUCUUUAGAACUGACUUUUCUGGUGAGGAUGACUUCAGAGACAUUGACAUAACAAAUGAAAUCCUGACAUUCGUCCAGGAUUCUUUAAACAAGCCCACCUUCGAGUAUCCAGGUUACCAGCAGCAGCUGUCCACGGUGCUGACCUCCAGCUGUGUGGUCCAGGAGCACCUCCAGCUAGAGCCGCAGCACCGGCACAGCCUCGCAGUUGCGGAGCAGCAGCAGCAGCUCUGCCAGAAGAUGAAGCACAUGCAAGUCAACGGCAUGUUUGCAAAUUGGAGCCCCAACCAGUCCGUGCCUUUCAGCUGUUCUCAGCAAGACCUACAGCAGUAUAAUGUCUUUGCAGACUUACCUGGGACCAACCCAGAGUUUCCCUACAAAGCUGAGAUGGAGACCAUGCCUUACACCCAGAACUUGAUGCCCUGUAACCAGUCUGUGCUACCACAGCAGUCCAAGGAGACACCGUUAGACUUUCCCAUGGGGAAUUUUGAACCAUCCCCAUACCCUGCUACUGCUUCUAAUUUAGAAGAUUUUGUCACAUGUUUACAAGCUCCUGAAAACCAAAAACUGAAUCCACAGUCAACCCUAGUGUCUCCGCAGACGUGUUAUGCGGGGGCUGUGUCCAUGUACCCAUGUCAGCUGGAAGCUCAGCAGAGCAGUGUGGCUGCGAUGCAGUACAACCCCACCGUGCCGGGCCCACAGGCGUUUUUACCCCAGUUUCAGAAUGGAGUUUUAAAUGAAAUCUAUCCAGCCAAGUUAAAUACUAUAAAUAACACUCAGACUACCACACAUCUUCAGUCUCUUCAUCGUCCAUCAGAAGCCAGACCUUUUCCUGAUUUGACAGCCGGUAGAUUCCUGUAAUUCCAAGCCCAGUUUUUACCUUGGUUCACAUUAGUUGGCGAAAGAUUACAGUUACUGAAACUGUCAGUGUUGGACCUCAGCAAGUUCGCAUGGAGGCAUUGAUGUAUGUUGUCCUCGCUGUUAAUACCAAACCACGUUGUAACGUUUUUUGAAGAGGAGUUAAAAAUGUAACAAAAUUACAUUUACUAUAGUCCUUCAAAUAGAAAGUGUGCAACCACAGCCUGGAGAGAGACCAUCCACAUUUCACAUCCUGAGCACCACAAACUGUGAAAAAUGUAUUCAUGGGAACUGUAAGGCCUUCUUAAAUAAGAACAUUUUCUCCAUUGGUAUUAUUUCUGUUGGAAUAAAAGAGAAAUGCUUUAAGUUUUCAACAAGUUACCAAAUUAUUUCUCAUGUAUUUAGGGCUGCGUCUAUCUCAGAUGUUAAAAUAAGUUGUUUGGUGCUUUUCUUCUUCUUUGUUAAUGUAAGUGCCUCACAGUUUUUUCUACCUAUAACAC